UUACACUAAUUACUGUUGACAUGGCUCACGAAAUUAGUACAAGAUUGUUGUUAUUGCUAAAGGUGAGGUGCAUUUUGUCUGAAAUUUAUUGAUUUUAAAGAAGUAACUGGUUAAUCAAUACAAUAUAAGAAAAAAGGUAUGAAGCAAGGUAGUUAAGUAAAGAAAAUACGCCGUAAUGGCUAUUGAAGAUGGGUACCUUUCCAGUCCGGCUAGUACCCCAGAUACCAGUUUCGACGAGGAGAAGUUUCUGGUUAAAAGAUUUCAUGCCGCUGUUACAGACUCCAGGAGAAGAAUUACUGCCAACAAAGGCAAGUGGUAUUACGAACUUGCCAGAAAUGUGCCUGUUGCUAUUUUAUGUGUCAGUCUUUUACAGAUACUAUUUCACAUAUAUGCCACCUCGUCUCUUAAGAAAUACUUACGGUUCGAGCCUAGUAAACGUCUAGAGCUAUGGAGGUACGUUACUUACAUGUUGGUACACGAAGACUGGUCUCAUUUGGUACUAAAUGUAGUCAUACAAUGUAUUUUUGCUGCUCUUCUGGAAAUCAAUCAGGGCCGCUUAAGAGUACUAGCAAUAUACACCAUUGGAGGCGUAACAGGAGUUUUGGGAGCUGCCUGUCUUCAUUCUGAACUGAUUGUUGGAGCCUCAGCGGGGGGAUAUGCCUUAUUGCUUGCCAAUGUAGCUGACUUAGUUUUAAAUUUCGAGACAAUCAAGUACAAGAUCUACAGAUCCAUAUCCAUCACUACGCUAAUCCUAUUUGACAUUAUUUACGACAUUGUUCAUGUCACGGCAAAAAAAGAACCUCAAGUCUCCUGGCAAGCUCAUUUCUUCGGAGGACUGACUGGGAUAUUUUUAGGUUUAGUUCUGUUUAAAUGCCAGAAGCCAACAAAAUACCGAAAACCCCUCUUCUACAUCGGACUGGGAUUUUACACGUUAUUUGUCUUCGGUUUUAUUGUUUUUACUAUUCAAAUUGUUAAAUGUACUCCAAGUGAUUUGAUUCAUUAUAAAUAUGUUUAUUUUUGUUGAAGGUGUUAAAUGUAAUCAUGCAGUUAGUUACUUAACAUUUAUCUAAUCAUUUUAAAUAUGUCAUUACAGCUCUAGUGAAGUAAUUAUCUUUUUAUACCAUUUAUAUCAUAAGUAAUAUAGACUUCUAAUCAAAGUAAAUAUCA